CGAGGGAGCAGGGGAAACGAAUCGAACACGAUGGCCGGGCAAAAGAAGAUUGGGACGACGAGAGGGGAGGAGCGAGACAAGACAAAAGUAGACACGUAGACAGGUCAGCCCAGAAGUAGUCGCAGAGGCCCUGAGAUCACACUCCAGCUGUCAAGGCUCAUAGCAAGGCUGACCCCUGCAGCAGGAAAUGGAUCAAGAUAUUCUGCAGUUGUGUACAAACACAACAGCCUCAGGCGGGGACUUCGAUGGAAAAGAGCAUUUAGACAACAGGUUGCCCCAUCCUGGCCAAGUCCCAGCAGACAGAGCUGUCCCACUGGUGUGACGGAGGGGGAAGGGGAACCCCCUCUACUUCAGUGCUCCUGCUCCCACCCAAGAAGCAUCACGCCCUCAAAGCAGAGCUGUCAAAGCAGAGAGAUCCAGCAGGACUAUAAAGCAGCUUUCAGAUCUCUCUGAACUGCUUGUUGGUUGGAGCUGAGGAACCUUUUCUCCCUGUGUGUGCUUGAGUAUCGCCGAGUACCUGGUCCACUAGAAAAAAUGAGUGAUCUGCUGGACGACUGCUCUUUCAUGUUCACGUCGGAGUCCGUAGGAGAGGGACAUCCAGACAAAAUUUGUGAUCAGAUCAGCGAUGCUGUCCUGGACGCUCACCUAAAGCAGGACCCAGAUGCCAAAGUGGCCUGUGAGACCGUGUGUAAGACUGGUAUGGUGUUGCUCUGUGGAGAGAUCACAUCUCGGGCCAACGUGGACUACCAGAAGGUGGUCAGAGACACCAUCAAGCACAUCGGCUACGACAACUCCGACAAAGGUUUCGACUAUAAGACGUGUAAUGUGCUGGUGGCACUGGAGCAGCAGAGUCCGGACAUUGCUCAGGGAGUCCACGUUGACAGACAGGAGGAGGACAUUGGAGCAGGAGACCAGGGCCUGAUGUUCGGCUAUGCCACAGAUGAGACGGAGGAGUGCAUGCCUCUCACCAUCGUCUUAGCCCACAAACUCAACGCAAAGAUGGCUGAACUCAGACGCAACGGCACCAUCCCCUGGCUGCGUCCUGACUCUAAAACACAGGUGACAGUACAUUAUGACCAGAGGGACGGAGCUGUGGUCCCUAGGAGAGUUCACACCAUCGUGAUCUCUGUCCAGCACGAUGACUUCAUCUCUCUGGAGGAGCAGAAGAGGGUCCUAAAGGAGAAGGUGAUCAAGACCGUGGUUCCUGCCAAAUAUUUGGACAACGAGACAAUCUACCACCUCCAGCCUAGUGGUCGCUUUGUCAUAGGAGGACCCCAGGGUGAUGCUGGUGUGACAGGCAGGAAGAUCAUUGUAGACACAUACGGAGGUUGGGGGGCUCACGGUGGCGGAGCUUUCUCCGGAAAAGACUUCUCUAAGGUGGACCGCUCGGCAGCCUAUGCUGCUCGCUGGGUGGCUAAGUCUCUGGUCAAAUCCAAACUGUGCAGGAGAGUUCUGGUUCAGGUGUCUUAUGCUAUUGGAGUUGCCCAGCCUCUGUCUAUCUCCUUGUUCACCUAUGGUUCCUCCGAGAAAACAGAGUCAGAGCUGCUCCAUAUUGUCAACAAGAACUUUGACCUGCGGCCAGGAGUCAUUGUCAGGGAACUGAAUCUCAAGAGGCCAAUCUACCAGCAAACAGCCUCUUAUGGCCACUUUGGCCGAUCAGAGUUUACUUGGGAGAUGCCCAAACAGCUUGUCUUCUAACUCCACCUGCUUGUCCUGAUCGACAACUCUUCGUGGGCUACAACUGCCAUAUCCAGCCACUGAUAGGACAUGUUUUAAUAGGAAGAACUAAAGCCACAUUUAGGGAUAAGUCAGCUUUAAAGAGGUGAGAACAUAAUUAUAAGAGUGGUUGUAGCCAAUGGACGUAUAAUGGGACAUUCUCCCAAUGAGAAGAGAGGCAUUGCAGAGGACAUUUCAGUAACCAAUCUUUUUCUAGCUCACGAACCAUCUCAUUUUUGGUGCUUUAGAAAGGUACGAACUAUCACUAGUCAAAGCUCUUCCGUGGUAGUGUAAAGGAAUACCACAGCAAGUAAAAUACUCUGAAGAUAAAUACUUCUACACCACUAGAAGUAGAGUGUUUUAUCUCAAAGCUGUGAAUUUUCCUUUAUAAUGUACAGAAAAAAACCUCAAUGCUUAAUUUUCAAAAGGUGCUAUUAACAACAGCAAAUAUUUCUUCAGUAACUUAUCAUAUGAAUUUCAGAAGUGUAAUUAUUGCUCAACCAAAGGCUUGGCUUUAGAAGAAAAUUUUAAUCUUUUUGUCAUGACUGUAAAAUGCUUUUUCUAAGUCUUAUUUUGUAAUGUGUGCAAAAGGAAGUUGCUUGCACUGUUACAAUCACCACUGUAGAAGAAGACAGGUCGAUUAAAGUCAUUUAAGUCAAGACAAUUCAUUUAAAUGUGGGGGGAGCUUUUAUCUCUGAGGCAUAAAUGAAUCGAAUGUAAAAUGGCCAUGUUUCCAUACGUCCCUUUUUUUUCAGUCGGCCUUUCAGCCCCGCUUUGUUUUAAUAUUAACUUGCUUUUAUUGCUGCUCAGCUCACCUGUUGGCUGAUCUAUAUCUCCAUGUGUCUGUUUAUUUUUUACCUGCAGGCCUGCUACUGUGACUGAGUCUGUAAAUGUGAUUUAUUUUAGCAAAUAACUAGAAGUCUGAGCUCUGACUUGAUUGUGAAUCAGUCUCCUCUUAGCAGUGAAUUACAAAAAAGCACGCUGUUGAGCCUAAAGCAUUUACUGGACCAAUGAUGUCUUUCAGUGGCUGCCUUUUUUUAUUAGCCUGUGUUAUAUACCUUGCCGCAGAUGCAAAUUUCCUCUCAUUCCCUCUGUAGCUUGGAGAUAAUUUGCAAUUUCUUAUUCAAUGUGAAAUUUGCUCUACUCAAAAACAACUUCGACUGUUGUCUAGUAACACUGCAGGCCAAGAUUGUCUCCAUGCAUUAGAGGAAGAAAGGGAGGAUUUAUUAAUAUAUUACUCCCUGGGCAUUUAGAAAAUUUUAUUUUAAGUCAGCUUUUGUUAUCGCUUAAUCACAAAGCAUUUAAUCUAAUUCUUCCCCUCUGAAAAACUACUGAUGGGAUUGAGGAAGUGUUAACAGUACUCCCCUUAAAACGUCAUGUCUGUAGAGGUUUAGGACUUUUGUGGUGACAACCGGUGCUUUCAGCCAACAUUGUUUUUGUAAGAGAGGUUUUCCUCUAUUUAAUGUGUUGAUCUGUGCCAUCUUCUAUCAGAGACUGGAUGAUGUAAAUAAUUAAACAAUGAAAGAAAAUUAAAGAUA